AUGCCCGGAACAAUUCUAGAGCCUACCAAACUUAUUCUCUGCUUUGAUGGUACGGGAAAUACCUUCACGGGAUCCAACCAGGACACAAAUGUGGUCAAACUCCUGGGCAAACUAGACCGUCAUCAUCCCAAGCAAUACCAUUAUUACCAGACUGGGGUUGGAACCUAUGAUGUCAAUGAAACGUCUGUCAACAAAUCUUGGUUUGGUGGGAUGAAGAGCUCGAUGUCUAAGACUAUCGACCAGGGUCUUGGAACCACAUUUGACGCACAUGUCAUGGCGGGAUAUCGCUUUUUGAUGCGAUACUAUAGUACUGGCGAUAAGAUCUACAUGUUUGGAUUUAGUCGUGGUGCUUUCACGGCCAGGUUCCUUGCGCGUAUGGUACAUACCGUUGGCUUGCUUUGCAAAGGCAAUGAGGAGAUGGUCCCUUUCGCAUAUCGUCUCUUCCAACGAUAUUUGAAGGUUCGGGACUACAAGGGCGAGCAGCCUACGGCGGCUACGAACCCUAGCCACGAGAUGCAGCCACUACUCGACAACUCUAAACAGGAUGGAGAAGAGUAUCAAAAGGUGCGUGAUGAGAUCACGGCUUUCUGCAAUACGUUCUGCCGCCAAGAACCUUUGGAUGCAAAAGGAACAGUCGAGGGGAAUGUAAAGGUGUUUUUCCUCGGUAUAUGGGACUGCGUCAACUCGGUUGCCGUCCUGGAAGGAGAACCCCCUCACCCAGUGCCAGUGACAGGAACUGCCCACUUUGUUCGGCAUGCUGUUGCCGUAGACGAGCGUCGCGUCAAAUUCAAGCCGGCAUUGAUUGUCCAAGAUGUCCGUUCCUCGGCUGAUAGUAAGGAGGACAUCAAGGAGGUCUGGUUUCCUGGUAACCACGGCGAUGUCGGCGGUGGGUGGCCGGCUGAGAAAGACCAUCCUCUCGAAAAUAACAAGCAGAUGACUUACUGGGAAUACUUAAAAAACUUGUGGACAACUAGAAGAGGAAAUGGCCCAACUGUAAAAGGAAGCCCUGGCCGAUUCCAGUUGAGUGACAUCUCGCUAGCGUGGAUGAUCCAACAAUUGGAGCUUGUGGGGAGCGAGCAUUCACUGGCCGCCGUCGAGUGGUCGGAGAAUGCCGUUAAGGGCUUCAAGGACGAGUAUAAGACGCAUAAAGAGCAUGCAAUGAAGGCCUACAUGCAUGAUACACUCUCUUUUUCGCGUGGAACGGGCUUGUUCAAAGUGCUCUUCUGGAUGUUCUUGGAGUGGCUCCCCACGAUUACCCGGUGGGAGCUCGACGAGCAUGGCUCAUGGGAGAGAAAGCGUUUCCCCCUCAACAGAGGCGCAACACGAGACAUCCCCGAAGAUGCGGUAUUUCACGAGUCGCUUAAAUUGAGGUUACGUGACGUCCCGUCCUACAAUCCGCAAAACAAUGGCGGCGACAAGACCAAGCCUUGUUUCACUGAGAAGCGGGGUGAAGACUUCGUGCUCAUUGAAAAGAAGGCUGAUGGCUAUGAAACUGAUCAUCAAACUUAUCGACUACCUCGUAGGUCAAAGUUAUUGACGGCAUUCGAUACGGACACUUCGGUCAACUAUAUGACGCGACUCGAAUUCGAGCGUUUCAAUUUGUCUCAUAACCACUCGAAGGCAAAGCUUGAGAAUAUGAAGGCGCACUGCAUCGAAGCAGGAAUUGGUGACACAAACACGCGCAACGACUCAAAUGAUAUUGCAACGAUAUGGGAUCAGAUCCAGCCCGCGCAUCCAAACGCCUAA